UAUACAGUCAGUGUAACGGAGCUGGGAGGGCGGAUGCUCAGAAACUCUCUUGCACUCUUACUUUCCUCUUCUGACUCCGUCUCCCCUGUUUUUACCCUCUCUGUCGUCUGCACCGCUCACAGCCGUCAAGAAGAUAGAACCCAGGUUUUUCACUCAGUCUGACUCAAGAAGAAAAGAUGACAUCUCACUUGGUCACUUGUGUGACCCUGCUCUCUCUGUGGUGCAGCGUGUGUCACUCCACUCCCAUGUUCUACAACAUGUCAGACGGCAGCGGCGACGAAGCAGAGCUGGAGCUGCUCUUCCCCACCUCUUUCUCCACCCGAGCUCCUGUCCACAUCACCACCGCCACUGGAGCUCCCACCUUCACCAACACCAUCACCACCACCAUGAUCCGCCUCAAGGACUUUGUGCUGACCCGAGUCGUGGACUUCCUGCAGGAGAAUCUGCUCAUUAUCAUCGUGGUGACCUCUCUCCUCAUCGUCAUGGUCUUCAUCAUCUGCUGUGCCACUGCGAUGAGUCACAAGCGAAAGCUGGAGGCCUACAAGCCGCCUGCUAAUCCACCCAGGAAGUACAUGGCUGAUAAAACUACCAGCAAGAAUUCAGGCGAACUCCAGGAGAGGCCCUACGCCAUCGACCACGUCAAGAGGGUCCAGACUCCGAGCAUGGCCUCCCCAAAGAACCUGCGUACCCCCUCCAAGGCUUUGGUGGGAGAGACAGGGAGAGACGUCAGGUCGUCCCCUCGCCAGGAGGUCAGAAAGGUCAGGGAGGCCGAGGAGGUGGAAAAACGGAGAGAGGAACCCAAGCACAAAGAGCAGUCCAAGUACAAGGAGGAGGUGCAGCAGAGUUCCAGCCCCAGCACCAGCUCCAGUCCGCCUGCGUGCACCUGCCACCUGAAAAAGAGCCAUCACUAAGCCAGGGUCCAGGCUCCUGAUUACAUGAAGGUGAAAGGUGACAAAUGAAGACCGGUUGGUUAAUCCACACACAAAGGGCAAAAUAUGCCAAAACGGUUACCUACAUGGGGAGAUAUAUUUAAAUGAGGCUAAUGUCUCAAAUGAAAAAUCAUCCAUCUUUAUAAAAUGUAAUCAAAAAUAAUAUUUAUAGAAAUAUUAAGUACUACCUAAAAAAGAAAAAGAAAACAACACAGCAGAAGAUAUGUGACCUCUUGUAUAUCUCUAAGUUUCUGAUUAAAUGGUCAACAACUGAUAACAGGAGACGUGAGCAACGGUUAUUGAUCAUGAGUGUCUGUGGUGGGAAAAUGUAUGCAACCGUCACAAGUGCUGAUUUUCUAUGUGAGAAGUUUCUUCAACGGGGGGAGAAAAAAAUGGUUUUCUCCAGAAAGUCUCCUGCUGCUUUACCCAGAUAAAUGUCUGUGGAAGAAUCCAGGGAAGAAAGAGCCCAGAGUGAGGGGAGGUGCUGUGGCAAAUAUAAAAUAUGAAAACAUCUAAGGGCAUUAAAACUUUCCUUUACAGUGUCCGUCAGUGCUGCACGACACAACAUCUAUUCAGCAGCUAAGAGCCAGAUCGAUCUGUCAUUUCAACAAAACUCUUGUGCUGUAAACAAAGCAAAGUGAGACAGCAGUAAACUUGACUUGUAAGAAAUUAUUCUCUUUAUAUUUACAUUCAUAUUUACCCUAGUUUUGUUUUCAUAGCGUUAUUUUAUGUGAUAUCGUUUUGUAUUUACUUUAAGAACCGAUUUCUCAAUACCAAAAACACAAUUUGUAAUUCAGUUGCUGAACUAAAAGAAAAAUGACAAACAUCUUGUAUCCAUCUAUCCACAUAUUUAUUUUGUUGAUCGUUUAAAUCUAGAUUCAUUUGGCAUAUACAUUAAAAUCAGGCUGUUUUUGGUAAAGAGACUUUAUGAGUAAGGGUUUAAGCUUUUUUUAAUAAGUAAUACUUAUGUACAAAAUAAAUUAUGUUUUUUAUUUUUAAUGUGAUCAUUUGUUAGCCUGUUUUGUUGGUGUGUUUUCAGGUUCAACUUUAACCUAAAGUGGCUACAAAAAAAAUCUAAAGCAUGUAAGUGUGUAAUUGUCAUUGUUAUUUGACUUUAUUAGAGUAAAACCUCAGAUUGCACUGGAGAAGAUCAUUUGGAAAAACUCUCCUCAAUUUCCUGUGACUGAAAUUAACGUUUUUGAGAAUACGUGUUGAUGAAACACAGUUUGUGUGAUUAAUGGGCCAGAGUUAAGAGUUUGGUCAUGCUUUUAUAUUUUAUUCCUCUGAACCUCAGAUUAGAUUUUUGUCCUCAGAUGUUUCCAGACAUGCUUCCUUUGUAAGUGACAGUUUUAUUGUUUACAAAAUGACUGUUUUGCUUUGCUUAUGUUUAAUAAAGUGUUGGUAACAGUGUUUCUGUUUUUAUUACCUCCACCAAGGAGGUUCUCUUUUCACCAUGAAACCUGGUGGAAGGGUGUGUUGU